ACAGCAGCACACAGCGAGGCAGACACAUCCGCCGCUGGAGGGAUCAAAUCUGUACCAUCUGACGCUCAAGGAUUUAUCGGUUUAGUCAAAAUUGCUUUUCCCACUGUGGAGAUUAAGCACCGUAGAAUGUUUUCCACUCAGGCCGUAGAAUAGCCCAGUGUGCUGCUGCUGCUGCUGCUGCUGCUGCUGCUUUGUCCUCUCCCCUCUCUCAUCAGCUCCGGCGCUGGGGAAGGGAAUGUCCCAGGCAGGUGGAGAGCUCCAAACCCUGGAGGGGAGUCAAUUCUGAGUGACAGGAGAGGUGCGUCCUCUGGGGAAUGUGAACCAUGCAGGUGGAUGCUGUUGUUGUGCUCUUCUGUGUGUGGAUCGCGGGCGCCGCCGGGAAGAUGGCCCAGUCAAGAGGUCACAAGCUGGAGAACUACAAACAGAGCAGGUCGCGAAGAGAGACAAGAAUGGAGGGGGGUGGAGGUCAGAAACCUGGAAGCCCGGUUUACAAGCGAAGUCCAGACAUGACGAAGUCCCUGAUGACUAAGUCGGAGCAGCUCCUGAGGAUAGACGACCACGAUUUCACCAUGAGGCCGGCAUUCGGAGGACCUCCGAUUCCUGUUGGAGUCGAUGUUCAGGUUGAAAGUCUGGACACCAUCUCUGAAGUGGAUAUGGACUUCACAAUGACACUGUACCUGCGUCACUACUGGAAGGACGAGCGGCUGGCGUUCCAGAGCAACAACAACCAGAGCAUGACCUUUGACAGUCGCCUGGUGAAGAAGAUUUGGGUUCCUGACAUGUUCUUCGUCCACUCCAAGCGCUCUUUCAUCCAUGACACCACCACUGAAAAUGUCAUGCUGAGGGUGUAUCCUGAUGGCAACGUCCUCUACAGUCUCAGAGUCACUGUCACAGCCAUGUGCAACAUGGACCUGAGCCGCUUCCCUCUGGACACCCAGACCUGCUCGCUGGAGAUCGAGAGCUAUGCCUACACAGACGAUGACCUGAUGCUGUACUGGAAGAAAGGAAACGAAUCCCUCAACACUGACGACAGAAUCUCUCUGUCCCAGUUCCUCAUCCAGAAAUUUCACACCACCACCAAGCUGGCUUUCUACAGCAGCACAGGCUGGUACAAUCGUUUGUACAUCCACUUCACCCUGCGGCGACACAUCUUCUUCUUCCUGCUGCAAACCUACUUCCCUGCCACUCUGAUGGUCAUGCUGUCCUGGGUGUCCUUCUGGAUUGAUCGCAGGGCUGUGCCUGCCAGGGUGCCGCUAGGCAUCACCACUGUCCUGACCAUGUCCACCAUCAUCACUGGGGUCAACGCCUCCAUGCCGCGGGUCUCCUACAUCAAAGCAGUGGACAUUUACCUCUGGGUCAGUUUCGUCUUUGUCUUCCUGUCGGUGAUAGAGUAUGCGGCGGUCAACUACCUCUCCACCGUGCAGGAGAGGAAAGAGAGGAAGCUGAGGGAGAGACUGCCGUGUACUUGUGGCAUAGGCAACCCAGACGACAUGAUGAUCGACCCUCAGAUCACUGGCUAUGGGUCCAUGGAUGUCAACACCACAGGGAAUUAUGGGAUGCCGGAGAAUGGCGGCCGCCAAGAGCGAAUCUUGGCCCAGGUGGCACUGAACGACUCGCAGGUCACUGGCCAAGUGGGGCCGUCCAGGGGCUACGUGAACAUUUGGAUAGACACCCACGCCAUAGACAAGUACUCGAGGGUUGUCUUUCCCGGUGCGUACAUCCUCUUUAACAUCGUCUACUGGUCCAUCUACUCAUAACACGGGAUGCAGAAGAGGGACAUGUGUAAGAGUCGUCUGGGACGGGACUCCAGGAGCUGGGCUUGUUUGUGUCAGAGCAGGAAAGACGUAGCCACUGAUGCUUUUCAGACAGAGAAACUGCUCUUUAGAUGAAUGGAGACCACUGACAGACUGGUGAUCAUUGCCUUCUCGACCCAGCCACUUAAAACAGAGGUACUGACAAACUGGUCAGCCAUCAGCGAUUGUUUGAUCAAUCCAUCAAAUCUAUGUGGCUUCAUGUUGUAACGUCAGUGUUGUUGAUGGAACGUUUUGAUAUUGUCGCUGCAUGAGGCUUUACUGCACAAACACACCAACACAAACUGUGCAAUUAUGUGCAGAGGAACUCGGCGAGGGUAUGAUUCUGGAUGCAGUGACCAAAAAUGUGAACUGGAAAUGGAUUUCUGACAAUUCCACCAUACGGACAGAUUCCUCCCUCUUUGCAUACGACUUGACAAUCAAAAGCAAACAAAUCCUUUUCAUAGGAUUAGCAUGACAUUUUGUGAAAUGCAUUUGUUUCAUUUUCUGGUUAAAGAGUUAGAUUAAAAGAUGAAUACCUUUCUAAUAUCUGUCUGUUCAGGCCUGACUACAGAGCUGCAGCCAUCAUCCAGCUAGCUUAGCUUAGCACAGAGAUUGGAAACAUAAGGUAACAGCUAGCCUGGCUCUGUGUGAAGGUGGUCACUUCUGAAGCUCACAUGCUAAGAAGUUACAUCUUAUCAGAAUGUGCUGUUUUCCAGAUGGUUAUGUGCCAAACAAUUUCAUUGCUGAGACCAGAUUUCUGUUCUGUACUGUAAAACAUCUAACUGUUGGAUUUACACCUCAGUUUUUUUGUUUGGAUUGAGAAAUUAAAUGUAAAUUAUUAAUACGUGAACUGUAGAGAUGCUGGUUGGCAGAUUUGACCAUCGACCCUCUCAUCUAACUCAUCGCAAGAAACCAGAUAAGUGACAUUUUUCCAAAAUGUGGAACUUUUUCUUUAAAAGCCUGAUAUUCUUAAAGUUCAAAUCUUCUGCAGCACGUUGGUAUGAUUCAGUCUUUGUUACAUUCUCUUGUGAUCUUUGUAUUAAUGCAAGUAUUUUGAUGUUGAGCUAAUUACUGCAUUGCAUUUGUGUAAUUUGACAAAGUUAUUAUAAAAAAAGCAACAAUAUUAAAGUCACAAGUGUAAAAAUAUAUGU